ACUCGGUGCCCGCUGUCCUGCCAGAUGCUCGGUGCCCGCUGUCUUGCCAGAUGACUCGGUGCCCGCUGUCAUGCCUGAUGCCUCGGUGCCCGCUGCCUCGCCUGAUGGCCGGUGCCCGCUGCCUCGCCUGAUGGCCCGGUGCCCGCUGCCCAGCCUGAUGUGCCUCUGUCCACUGCCCAGCCUGAUGUGCCUCUGUCCGCUGUCCAGCCUGAUUUGCCUCUGUCCGCUGCCCAGCCUGAUGUGCCUCUGUCCGCUGCCCAGCCUGAUGUGCCUCUGUCCGCUGCCCAACCUGAUGUGCCUCUGUCCGCUGCCCAGCCUGAUGUGCCAGCCCCUGCUGCCGUGUGGGCUGCAGUACCAGGGCUGGCCAGCGGGUGCUCUCAGCAGC